CCGAUAGUUGUCUGACUGGCCGAGAAGACAUCGCGCGAGUUUCCGUUGCAGAGAGUGGUUUCAACCGCCAUCGCCACAAUGACGACGGUCGUGCCUACAUCGGAGGAGGAUCCUGUCCUGUCUGUCGUUCGUUUCACCGCCGAGAUGUCCUGGGCUGAAGCCGGUCCUGAGGUAGCUGAACCACAAGUGACUAGUUUAUGCUUGGAGGCUCAGGAAUUCAUGAUUGCGGGAAGAUGGUUGGAUUUGGCUUCGCUGAUGAUUACUUCGGCUGAUUUGGUAUUUUCUAAAGCUUCGGAGAAAGAUCUCGAGUGCAUCUUUACCAUUAUCUGCAAUCUUGUCAAGAAGCCCGAAAGCCUUGAUGAGUUGUUAGAGAUGGCAAAGCUUUUAUCCACAAAAAUUGCACAACAACCAAAUGAUAAGCCUGCACUGCGAUUGAAGAUCUUGUUCAAUCUUUACAACCUGUUGGAGAACCCUUACAGCCGGUUUUACGUUUACAUGAAGGCCCUUAAAUUGGCAAUGGAUGGAAAGGUCAUAGAACAUAUCAUACCGUCUUUCAAAAAGAUAGACAGUUUCUUGAAAGAAUGGGAUCUAGGAGUGCAGGAUCAAAGAGAGCUUUUCCUGGCCAUCUCUACUAUUUUGAAGGAAUAUAAGAGCUCCCCUAAGGAAACCUUUAAGUUUUUAACGAAGUAUUUGGCAACAUUUUCUGGUGAGGAAGCACAUACCAUGGAGGAGGCAAAGGAAGAAGCCUUUCACACUAUUAUUGAGUUUGUCAAAGCAACUGACAUAUUUCAGCAUGAUUUGCUCGAUAUGCCUGCUGUAACACAAUUGGAGAAAGACACCAAGUAUGCAUUAGCAUAUCAGCUUCUGAAGAUAUUUCUGACCCAGAGGCUAGAUGCUUACAUGGAUUUCCAUACUGCAAAUUCUGCAUUAUUGAAAAGCUAUGGUCUUGUACAUGAAGACUGUAUAGCAAAGAUGAGGUUGAUGUCAAUGAUGGAUCUUGCCUCAGAUGAAUCUGGCCAAAUUCCCUAUCGUUUAAUUAAGGACACACUUCAGAUAGAGGAUGACGAGGUGGAACCAUGGGUAGUAAAGGCAAUCACCGCUAAAUUGAUUGAUUGCAAAAUCGACCAAAUGAAUCAAGUCAUUAGAGUGAGCCGCUACACCGAGCGUGUUUUUGGAUUGCGCCAGUGGCAAGCUCUACGUGAGAAGCUGGCAACGUGGAGGGGGAGCAUAGCAAAUGUAAUAACGACCAUUCAAGCGAACAAGGUGACCGAAGAAGGAACUCAGGCAAUGCAAGGUUUGGUGAUCCGUUGACAAUUUUGGUCAUUUUGCCAGCCAACCAUCAUCUGCAAACGAUACAAAGUCUUGUUCUUAUUGCGUUUAAUCGAAGGGUUACGUCACACAAUUUGAAAGUUUUGUCCGAAGCAAAUCGUCACUUUUAAGGAGUCGUUUUUACUUUCAGUUUGAAUUUGUACCGUUUGAUGAGGAAUUUAAUUAGCAACAACCAGAGAAGAUGUUCUACUU